AACAAACAAACAAACAAACAUGAGGUAGCAGCUGUUAUAAGAAAGCUAUACAUUAGCUUCCAAUUACAGUUUUCAAAGUACUUUCAAUCCCUCACGCCUCCUCCAUCCGCCGCUCGUAGUCGCCGUCCGAUCGACGGAGAUUCAUCGAUUCACACAAGGAUACGAAAGGACCGAAUGACUAAUAAAUUAUAGAGAGAGAGAAGACGCAGAGUCACGUGGAAAACGGUGUCGUGUUAAGAUGGGGAAGAAGCGGAAGUCAUUGGCAUCGAAGCUGGAUGAGGUGGAUCGAAGCAUGUAUUCGACGUUUUGUAGCGGAGCGAAUUCGCUUUCACAGCUUUAUACUCAGGCUAUGAACCAACAGAAGCUUUCCUUUCAGGCGGGUGAACGCCACGGCUUGGAGAAACUGUAUCAAUCGAUCUUGAGACAACAAGAGGGAGGAUCCAGAGUGACAAUUGCUGACAUAAUGAACUACCUGCAGUCGGAACUGGACUAUAGUGGAGAGGACCAUUCAAUUUCGCCUAGACUGCCGCAGAACCAGCACUCUCAACCAAUGCAUUUCGCAAAUUCAGCCUUUCCAGUCUCUUCGGGCUCAAUUGGUGUAGCAGCUCCAGGACAUGGCGUACGAUCAGAUCAUGAUCUGCAAUCGAAGAAUUAUGUUUUCUCAAAUGCACUUUCAAGCCCUGUUCGACGAAGCCUGCAGAACUAUCAAAUUGCUCAAGGAGGUUUCCUUUUAAACAACGUGCAGCCUUCAAAUGGAGCAAGAAACAACGAAACGAAUGUCCAGCAGCAAAAUAGGGAGUCCAAUAGCAGUAACUCAGCUGAUGCGUCCAUGGAUAUGCAUUCUGAUAGCCCAGGUCAUGAUUUUACUUACUGAAGUAGUCUGUAAAUAAAAUGUUUCAGGAGCUGCUUCUUGUCAUGCCGCGGUGUUCUAGCAGCAAGUUCAGGUUGAUUGAUUAUCGUGUGUUGAGCAGUUAUCAAGGAGUAAAAUGCAUUGUUGAACUGGCUGUUUGAUGAAGAGAUUGAAAGGUGCGUUCAUGCUCGUUGUAGAGAUGCACAUGUGGUCUCAAGUAAAACCCAAUGUGAUGGGCACCAUUAGUUCUCAAAUACAAUGUUUUUCUGUUGAACCAGUUAGUUCUUUUCGGUUUUCAUUGAUAUUGUGAAGUGUUUCUUUAGUAGUACAAAUAUAUAUGAUUGUGCUCACUUGUCGCAUUCUUCGAUUGCAUAUGUUUUUUCAGUUGACAUACUGGCAUCUUUUGCCAAGACUAUGUUUC